AUGGCUACACUCAUCUAUGAAUGUUCCAAUCAGAAUAUGAAGCAUGGGAAGAGUCAAGACCAACCCGAACCGUCGAUGGUUCAUGAUCAUGGCCGCCGUCACCAUCGGACGGCUGAUGUUGAUGUAAUCAAUACUAAUCGAGUUGUAUUUGAUAUCAUUCCUGAUCUCAACGUGCCUCUUCCUCUAGAGGAGGAAUAA